AAUGAACACACGAAUCACAACAUGGCAAGCCUAGGCGACAUUACGGGAAAGACGUGUCUGAUCACAGGUGGCGCCUCUGGUUUGGGAGCGUUAUACGCUGAAGCUUUCCUACAGGAAGGGGCUAAGCAUGUAGCUAUACUGGACAUAGCAGAGGCGAAAGGGAAAGAAACAGCUGAACAACUGAAUAACACAUAUCCUGGCAAAGUGACGUUUAUUAAGUGCGACGUCAGCGAUGAGGACAGCAUCUCAAUGAGUUUCAACCAAGUUGUGGACACUGUGAAUCAGCUGGACGUGGUGAUCAACAACGCUGGGAUUUUUAACGACUCUCCUACUCUCUGGAGAAAAUCCUGUGAUGUCAACUGGCAAGGUCUGGUGUCAUUUUCGAUGAGAGCAGUAAAGCACAUGCGAAAAGAUGAAGGCGGGGCAGGUGGGACCAUCGUAAACGUCGCGUCCGCAGCGGCUUUCCGUGCAAUAGGGUGCUUUCCUAUUUACUGCGGAUCCAAAGCUGCUGUGCUACAUUUCAGUCAAAGUCUUUCGCAAGCUCCAUUUGAAGAAAAAACAGGUAUACGAGUGUUAACACUAUGCUUAGGACCAACGGACACGCCUAUCAUGAAAAACGUGGCUGAGCGGAUGUACGACAAAAAAUUUGGCAAUGUCCUUUUGAACCGCAUAGCUGAAGGUUCACAAAUCCUUCAAAAAACCGAACCAGCCGUAGCAGCCUUUAUCACGAUGUUCAAAAAUGCCCCAAACGGCUCGGUGUGGAUGUCGGAGAACAAUCAACCAGUCAAAGACAUCACUCCGAAGAUACAAGAUUUUUAUAACUCAUUUGUUAAAUAAAUGAUAAUCUUCAAAAUGAAUCAGAAUAAACAA